UAAGCAUUACCGCAUAGAGCUGAAAUCUGUGUCAUUCAUCAUUUACACUCUCACCAUAAGCCUGUUUGUCGUCGCUGCCCUGUGGUCGCAACUACGUUCAGCCGUGCCUGUAUCAGUCUGUAUGGACUGUGUGCGAAUUAGUUUGAUGUCUUGCAAUUGCCGGUGUGGAUACAAGUACAAAACAAAAUCAGCUGUGUCAAUCGCUCGGAGACUUCGUAUUUGGACUCAGUAACAGGCACAGCUUCCGUUGUUAACCUAAAUGAUGACAUGGUCCAUAUGAAGUAGCAUCAUGGUGAAUCUCACAGCUUUGACCGUAGUAUUACUUCUGGGACUCUUCACGGCCGUGUCUUGGAGUGUGCACGUGCCCAGAAAAUCCAAUAGCCUGAUUCACAAGGAUAAUGCUUGUAAGUUGAGGUCAAGGACAUUUGUUGACUGCAGAGAGAAAUCCCUGAAGACAGUGCCAAACGAAACCUUUCCGGAAACAACCGAAAAGUUAGAUCUGAGCCUUAAUAAUUUACACAAGAUCUACAGCUAUACGUUUCGCACCCUGGUUUAUUUAAAAUGGCUGGACUUAUCUUUCAACAAGAUCAAUAAGCUACAGAGUCAUGCGUUCGCCAAUCUCCACCGUCUCGAAUACCUGAACAUCAAUUCCAACGAGGUUAUUUUGUCCGAUAACACGUACUCACCUCAGCUUUUUGUGCCUUUGACAAGUCUGAAAGUUCUGCACAUGGAGAAGAAUAAGUGCAUAAAACAGACUGGUGAGUCUGUAUUCCCUAGAGCUGUAGCCGCUUUGACCAACCUGAGAGAACUGUAUACGGACUUAACCACCUAUGUCUCUUUCACAAGCGAGUUCACGAAUCUUACCAAGCUAACGACUAUAUCGUCAUCAGGAUGGGGAUUACCCAAUAGGAAGCACGCUAAACAGUGCUGUGUCAAACGAAUGUACAAUGCCACAUUCUCCCCAUUCAGAAAUAUAGGUAUCAAACAUUUUCGUCUAGCGUAUUCCUGUUUGCAAGAAAUACAGUUAGAUGUGUUUGAACCUUUCCACGAACUGGAAUCCUUAGAACUGGUUGGAAACCAGCAGCUUGGUUUGUACUGGGCUCUGCAAAGCUUACAUGGACUUCAGAACCAAACAAUUCCAGUCCUCAGUUUAAAAGCCGCUAAUAAUUUCAUACGCAGAAGAAAACGUGAUUUUUCGCUUAACAUUUUCUCCAUGCGGUAUUUGAACACAAUUUGCGUCACAGCGCUGGAUAUGUCGGAAAAUUAUAUCAUCAUGCCCAGAACUGCUCCAUUUAGUCGGCCGGAUUGUCUCCGUCACUUUGACAUGUCUGUACAUGUCACAAAUCCGCAACGACUAAUUCGUAAGCUCAUGCACGAUAAAACUUUUCCUUAUCUUCAAUUUCUGAACAUCAGUACUAAUACUGCGGUCGCGCAUGAUACUUUAAGUGCACAGAACUUUGAUACAAACAGUUCUUUUUCCUUCUCGGUCCAAUCUUCGAAAAGGUUGAAUCUCCACACUGUCGACCUCUCUUUUUUGCCCAUGUCCUGCCAAUUUGAAUCACACGAUUUUUACGCCCUAAAAGUUCUAAAUAUUUCAGGUUGGAACUGUACCAUCGCAACUCCUCCUCUGUUUUUAAACCUCGUCAACGUGACACACCUUUCUGCUCGUCGGACUAAGUUUAAUAUCGGACUGAUGCGACAUUUUGAAAAAGGUUCACUUUUCAGAAAUAUGAUUAGCUUGGAAGAGGUGGAUCUGUCAGAAAACGAACUCACGUCCGUGCCACAGGAUUUAUUUCUGACCAACCAUAAGCUAUCGUCUCUGAUACUCUUCAAUAACAAACUAACCGGUCUGCCUAUGGAAGUAUUAAAGACAAUUAAUUUAGUCCACUUAGAUCUGUCCAGCAAUGUCAUCGAAUAUCUGACUCAGUCUGAAAUUGAAGAACUGGAGAAGCAAAAGCAACAAAGGCCCGGGUUUAAUCUGAAACUGAUUUCCAACCCUUUUGUCUGUGACUGUGAGAACUUGGUGUUCCUACGAUGGCUGAACAACACAAACCUUGUCGUGGAUUUUGGUCCGGAAUUCCUGUGUACAACGACGAAUGGUCAGCAGGAACAAAUAACAAAAUUCAUGAAGAAGUAUAAAAACUUUUCCGUUUCUUGCGUCAGCCGCUCCUGGCUGAAGGUUGGUGUAGGGGCCAUAUUCGCUGUGGUCGUGUCGAUUUUUGUCAUCCUGGCUUAUUAUAGAAAUCGGUGGAACGUCCACUACUGGUUCUACACAAACUGCAGACCAAGCCCUGAUAUGUUACCGACCAGACAAUAUGACUACGAUGCGUUCGUGUGUUACAACCAUAACGACUACGACUGGGUCUAUGAAACCUUACAACCAUAUCUUGAGGAGGGGGCGCCUGAACUACGACUUUGUCUGCAUCACAGAGACUUUGAAGUGGGUGAAGUGAUUCAGCAGAACAUUGUAGACGCCAUUAACAGCAGUCGUAAAGUUAUUCUUGUUAUUAGCAACAAUUUUAUCAAAAGCACGUGGGGAGAGUAUGAAAUAGAAAUGGCAGGCAUGCGGUCGGUGCAAGAGGGUCGGGCUAACGUGAUAAUAUGUGUUCUGUUGGAAGAAGUGCCUGUAAGGGACAUGCCAAGAACGUUGAUGAAUCUCUGGCAUCGGGUCACUUUCCUUGUGUGGCCUCAAAACGCUCACGAGCAGAGUUUGUUUCGGGAAAGAUUGACAAGCGCCUUGGAGUAGUUCACUAACGGACUGUUCGAACGUUUGCCUAGAUUCAUGCUUAGAGUUUGCGUUACUUAUUUGCAGGGAUUACUUUUUGCAUUAAUGUAUGAAUGAUGUGUAAAAGUUCAAAAGUUUGAAGAUAUGUUCCAUAUUUCUACUUCUUAAAAUGUUUUGAUGGUAACGUUUUAAUGUUGUCUGGUUAACUAGUAUUCACACAGUCCUAGUCAUGCCUGGAUUUUAGUCAAGUCGCACCAAAUUUCUAUAAAAUCUUACUCAACUUCAGUCAGCUGAUAACCAGUAACAUAUUUCUUCACGCGUCAGUGUGUUAUUUAAAUAUUGCCUGAUAUUGUACUCCACACUGUUUGGCUUAUACUUCACGAAAGUUUCCCUCGUUUUUUCUGCAAGAAAAAGAUUACACCUCACCUCUGCACCGAAAUGGGGCGAUUUCCUGUCUAUAUUUAGUUGCAGUGAUCCUUUAUAAUUGUUUCAUUAUUAAAUAUCUAAACAUUUAUUUUUCCUAAAUCUCAAUGCGUAUUUUCAGAAAAUGCACAUUAUCCUUUUAGGGCGAUUAAUAGUUUUUGUUCGUAUGCUAGCUUAUUUUCGGUGUUUUGUGAAGCAAAUUGUUUUAGUUCUUUAUUUCAGACACGUCGACAUGUAGCGACGUUUCCUUAGCAUGGAGAACACCUGUUAUUGUGUAUGAAUCUAAAAAAUACAAUAUCUAAAUAUGAAUAUAAUGAUAAUUAGUACACGUCCAGAAAUUAAAAGCACGUGUACACAUUGAACGAAAUGGCGAAAGACUGAAUAAAUAAAUUAGUAUUGGACUGUUUCUGUGA